GGCAUGCCUACUUUGGAGGAUGAUCGUUCGCUAAUGGUCGACUAUGAAAUCCCCAAGUCUGUCCACACCCACAAGUCCAUGCUUCUUCGAGGGGUGAAGUUUGCUCCACCAGCAUUAGACAACGCCGACAUUCAAGCCACCAAACAUCGGUCCCAGAACUCCGGUCGCUCCUUCGGUGGUGCGCCAUUCCGCAAUAACCGUGGCGGGCGUAUCAAUUAUGCUAGCAAUGACCGACCAAAUCCUUUCGCAGCGCAUCUUGAUCCCAAGUUCGUACCUGCCGGCAACGCAGGGCCCCCUAUGGGAGCGCCUUCCGGGUGGAUCCCACCAUCAGGGUCUAACAAUUUCUCCCGAGGACCUCCACCUCCUCCACGCGGAGGGAUGUCCCAUUCGUACAACUCUCAGCAGUACGGGUCGUAUAACUCGGGUCAGGGCCAGCGGGGUAGCUACCAACAAAGCAGUUAUAACCAUGGGGAAUACUACAACAGAGGCUCCCAGGGGUCCUACAACAAUGGCCAAGGUGAUUACUACCAGGGACGGUCCUCGAACUACGGAUCACAAGAGUCCCGAGGUGGAGGGUAUCAUCGAGGAGGGUAUCAGGGCCGAGACUCCCGGAAUUCGGGCGGAUAUGGGAGAUAUUAAUCCCAUCGCAUGUUUCUACCAAGAAAGAAGAAUGAACCAAACAUAACUGGAAAAGUUGAGGGUUUCCCAUUUUUGAAAUUAUUGAGAUGGCGUUGAGGGAGGCUUAUACA